AUGUUAAAUUUUACAAAUACUUGUAAAAUCAACACAAAAUUAUUGUUGAUUUCUUUCUAAAAUUCAAACUUCUCUAUUGUAAAUUCAUUUUAUUAUAACUCUUAGGAUAACCAAAAAUCUUAGUUUCCAACUAGCAAAACUAUAUAAAAAUAUAAUUAAGGUCUUAUCAGAUCCCAUUAAGUUAAAAUUGCAUUAUCUAUUAACACUAUUUCUGAAAUUUUAUCAAAAUACAAAUCUUCCAAAUUAUAAACUUAUCUAUAUACACUCAUAACACAUUCUAAAAGACUUACUUUUUUACAAAAAAAUCAAAAAAAAAAUUAUUUGCAUAUUUCUAAUCGAAGAAUCAGAACAAUUUUUAAUUACUAAAAUAAUACUGAAACUUCUAAAUUAAAUCAUAAAAUCAUGCUAAACCAUAAAAUUGCUUAGAGUUUUAAAAUUAUUAACAGAAUAACAUAUAGUAAAAUUUACUAGUUUAAGUUCAGUGCAUUUUUUAGAAUUUGUGCUUAUUAGAAGUUCCAAUAUAGUUCAAAAGAUCAAUCCCCUCUCUAAUUUUAAAUUCGUAAGGUAAAUUAACAAACAGAAGAAAAAUUGGCAAUAAAAUUUGCCAGUACUACUUUAAUAAUUAAUGCUAUUAAUUCCAAGGUUUUAUUAUAAAAACUUUAAUUCUGUUUAAUUUUGAAUUUUAUACAUUAAUCAAAUUUUAGAAACAUUUUGAGGGUAGAUUAGUAAAAAAUAUAACUGAGUAAUUUUUAUAAAAACAACGAAUAUGAAGGUGUUGAGAGAAAGUUUAAAUCAAUAUGUUUACUUAACUUAGUACUUAAGAAAAAAUUAAUGUAAUAUUUACUCAUUUUGAAAAUACAUUCUAAAGAUAAUAAAAAGAGGAGAACAAGUCUUACAUCUUCAAUACUAGAUUCAACAUCAAUAAUUUUUGAUAAACUUAUUAAGAAAGGAGAGAUGUAUAUUGAAUUUUAAUAAUCAACUAAUGACACAGAAUUAAGCAAAUCUGAAAUUGAUGAUUUUAAUAUCUCAAAAAAAUAGACUAAUUGUUCACAAACAUUUUAACAAUUACCUUAAAUCAAUAGUAAAAAAACUAUGAGUAAAUUUUCUUUUAUUAUUUAGAAUCCUCUUCUCAAAAAUUAUUGA